UGAAGUGAUCAGUUCACCAUCUGGCGGCCCAAAAGGGGAAAUGCAGACAAACCACAGAACCCUGACAUAAUAUUUCCAAUAAGGCAAAAGUGGCUAUUUGGAUGAAUAUAGCUCAAAAAAUGGCUGCUUCCAGCUCCUGUCCACCCAGAGAGUGGACAGUUGUCAGGAAAAAAUGGCAAGACUUCGCCAGUCUUGCCAAAUCUCGAGGGGCGGCAGUGCGGAGGGAGAUAGCAAAAACGGGUGCUGGACUGAGCGUAGUACCCAGCCUCACCCCUGACGAAGAAAAGGCCCUUUCAAUCAUUGGCCACACGGCCUCCCAAGGCAUCUCGGGGGGCAUUGAUGUCAGAUCUGGCAAGGGGACAUCCACCCUCCAGCCCUCUGGUGAGGGGACAUCCACCCCACCCCCCGAGCCCUCCUCGCCACCCCAAAGCUCGCAUGCCUCGUCGCCUUCUCGCUGUGGUUCUCCCCCCCGACAGAAGCCCGCACCAGAACACCUCAGAUGCGAGGUGGAAUGUCAAGGAAGAGAGUCGUGCGCUGCAGCUGCAGCGAAGACCUUCUCCGUUUGGAGAAGGAGAAGCUGGUGGUGCUGCGAGGGCAUCGAGGCGCAACUGGAGAUGUCCAACAGCCUCCAGCGGGAGAUGCUGGAAGUAAAAAAAGCAAAACUGGACCUCCUGCAGAGGCAGUAUGAUUUGGCAGAGGCACAGUUUCAUAGGCCCUCCAUAUCCGUGCCCAUCAUUCUGCCAUCUCAAAAUGAGACAAAUCCAUGACCACGUCCCCGUUGAUGAAGUUUUUUAUUUUAUUAUUUUAUAUAAGGAACGGUAUACUAUCUUUUUGUUUGCAUCUAUUUUGUUUCUUUGAUAAAACAUGCUCCUUUUUGGAAACCUUAACCUUUUGUUACAUUCUGCAAAUAAAGCACCUGUGUGUUCUA